GCACAAAUAGUUGCUUCAGAAUUUUCAAGAACUGAGAUGACACAUAGAGACAGCCAACUUGAAAGGGAAUCUCAACAUCUCAUGUUUUGGAUUAGCAAGGCUACAUUUCCUAGUCUAGAAUGCCUGGGUGUGAAAUGGAAUGACAACAUGAAGAUACAGUGUGGACAUCAUCCAGAGGAGUAUUUUGGUAAACUAAAGGUUCUGCACCUCAUCGGCUUUCCUAAGCAAUCUGCUUUUCUUCCUCCUUUCUUCCUCCACUCCCUGCCCAAUCUCAGAAAGCUUCUUGUGAAGGAUGCUUUCUUCGAUGAAAUAUUCCGAUGUGGAGAAGUUACUUGUGAGGAAAAAUCUGUAUGUGGACGCACUCCAUUAAGAAAAUUAAGAUUGUCCAAACUUCAUGAGUUAACACAUCUUUGGAAGGAAGAAUCCCAACUUGAAGUAGACAUUCUCAGAAACCUAGAAACUCUAAAGGUGCAGGAAUGUAGCAGACUGAAGAAUUUAGUUCUCUCCUCUGUAUAUUUCAACAAUUUGCAGACUCUAGUGGUAUCUGAGUGUCAUGGACUUGUCAAUUUAGUGAGAUACUCAACAGCGAAGAGCUUGGGGCAGCUCCGAAGAAUGAAAGUAGCCGAUUGUGAGAUGAUAGAAGAAAUUGUCGUAUGUUUGGGUGAUGCUGUGAACGAUGGCAUUGUUUUCUCCGAAUUGGAGUGUUUGCAACUUAAAGGUUUACCAAGACUAGAAAGCUUCUGCUCAGGGGAUUGCAACUUUAAAUUCCCAGCUUUGGUAGAGGUAAUUGUUACAGAGUGUCCAAAUAUGCAGAUUUUCUCAAAGGGAAAACUAAGCACACCAAGGCUACAAGAAAGCAAACUACAUUUUUCAAUAUCUAUUUACCCUUUUGAUUGAGAAUUAUGAGAUUACUAGUGUCAGUGCUCCAUACGAGGCUUUUAUAUUUUUUUCCCUUUUUGAUGAAUCCGAUCGGAGGUUAGCAUUUGGGUGUUGUUCGAGCUUGAUACUCUUUAUAUUAUAUCAUAGAUGGAGUACCAGGUGGUUUCCCUUGACCAUGAGCGUCUCUGAAAAGGGGACAUUACAGCCAGUUCAAACAACAAACAACAGUGUACUCAGAUAAUAAAGGGCAAAAACCCAU